GUUUAUUUCUCGCAGGGAACAAGCACGAAGCGAUCCGGGCCAAAGUCGUUUCGGCGAAGUAGCGCAUUGGUUAACGGUAGUGCCAUCUAACUGCGUCUACAAGUAGACUAGCAGAUAUAUCAUGCUUUUAAAGUUUGCCCUUGGUCUUCGCUGCAGCACGUGUAGGUUCAUCAGUUCAUCAGUUCAGCGACGUCAAGCUGAACCAUGGCAGAUAUGAUAUUCAAGUACCCAACUAUGAUUAGCUGUGGGGGCUAUUUUCAGAACUUGACCACCAAAAUCCUCGACGUGGCGCCAACAGCCUCCACCAGUUCGGGCUGCACAUAACUGACUUGUUUACCCUGUUACCCCUAUUUAUAUAUAUCCACACAUAUAGAUCGCUCAAAUGAACGUGAAAAUGAACAUUAUCGCCCUUGUCACCGGCACCGUCGUCGGUGCGCUCGCUCGGCGACGAACCGCUAUCUGGCGUAUGCUUUACAGGAAGUUGCAGCUUCCUGUAAGCUCCAAGCAAGCGCCGACAAGGCAAAAAGCCGUCCUGCGAGUGCUUUACCGUUGCCUUCCGACGCGACUGCGGCAUUUACGCGCAAUGAUCUGCAGCUGAUCACGGCCGACGCGACGCCUCACGCCGCCUCUACAAGCGGCGGUACCGCCAGCCCGAGCGCUGGCGAUAGAUGCCACAAGCGCCCGCAGCACCGUCAGCAGCAUCAGUGCCAUUGGCUCGGCCAGCUCGGCAGCCCCUGCAGCCGCCAGCUCGCUGCAUGCUUCGGCUUCUGAGCACACACUGCCCAUGCAUACGAACCCGCUUCAGGUCGCCGCCGCGCUGGCCCCCAAGCUGGAGUCCAGCUCGGACCGCUUCGACGUAUGCACGGGCAGCGGCUCAUCCGCCGGCUCUGGCGACACUGCACUCGGUAGCGCCAGCGAUGGCGCCCUUUCCACCGUCGUCUGUAAGGACAGCAGCAGCACCACCACUACCGACGCCAGCACCGACAGCGGUCAUGUUUGCCCUGACGCCUCCAUGGAGGCACGGUCACCAGGCACUGUAAAGCUAAAGGACGAGGCCUGCAUGGACGACCAGAAGGUCAAGGCCUUCAUCAAGCAGCACGGUCUUACGCUCUGCAUCCCCCAGCGCGAGCUGGGCAAGGGCGCAUUCGGCCACGUGGAAAUGGUGAUCAUCACCCUGCCUGACGGCACCACCGUCAAGGCCGCACGCAAGACCCUGCACGCGUGUGAGACCAAGGGCGCUGUGGCUGCACUACGCCGCAUACUGAACCAGGAGCUGGCAGGGCUGGCUGCUGCCGCGGGCUGCGAGCACGCGGUGCAGUGCCUGGGCUACCGGCUGCCGACUGAUGACGACGAGCGGGCGGAGCUGCUGCUGAGCUGUGCGGAGGGCGGCUCCGUAGAGAACCUGCUGAAUGCGCUGGCCAAGGACCAUUUUGAUCGCAUUGACAACGCGCCCGAGCGCCGGCGCACCGGCAAGAACAAGGACAAGUAUGAGAUGCUGCCGUACCCCGGCAACACGCUCAUGGAUGAGGCUGACCUGAAGGGCAUGCUGCGUGCCAUGGCGCCCUUCAUCAAGCACCUGAACGCUCGCGGCUACAUGCACUUCGACCUGAAGCCCGCCAACCUGCUAUACGACAUCGCGCCUGAUGGCAGCAAGGUCUUCCGCGUGUGCGACUUCAACCUGGCAGUCAAGACCGACAGCAAUGGCCGCGUCGCGCGCGCCCAGGGCGGCACCCGCGGUGUAUGUGCGUGAAAGGAAGAUGACAAGCAUACCCGCAGUAUGUGUGUGUAGGCGGGAAUUGACUGAGAAUGGUACCGUAUACGGUAAUGCCGAGGCGGUUGCCCUAGGCGGCAGCAGGGGUUGCAAGUGUGCUCAGGUACUGCGCUGGCUGGUUACUGUACAUGGUGCUCUCUCCGGUCCUUUCAUGGGGGAGGUAGGCUACAGCGGCCGUCUUUUGGGCCCCGGUCAGUGGAAGACCCACAGCUGUAGCAGGUUGUGUCGAGUGUGAGCUGUGUGACAUUCACCUGUUGGUGGCAGGUGGCGGUCAACCUAUCUAUCAUUGCUCGUGUCGGUGAUGCGAUGCUGGUGGUGCUGGUACCUUCAAUCAAGUCGGAGAAACUAGGGGACUGCUGGACUAAUGCUGGAAAGGCUGGCUGUGAGGAGCAGACUGAGCAGCGGCACGCUAGGAAUGGUGUGCGUGUGAAGAGCUACGGUCAGCCAAGACAGCUGGGCUUCGGCGUUACCCACCCAUGAGUCCCCAGUGAAGUAGAUUUGCGCAAGCCUGAUGUAACAGUACCUAACG